CUGUGAGUGCACGUGUGCCCGCGAUCCGUGUGCGUUUACAACAUUAUAAGUAUAUUCAAAACCGGUAACAGUGAGACGGUACGCUGACUUUGCUAUAAUAAACUGACCGUGAAUCAGUUAUCAAAACUAUCAUAAUAAAUAUUUGUAAAAGGUUUAAUAAUACAUAAGGUUUUCGUUUUUGUGAACUAGUGCAAUGAAAAAUUAUUCAGUAAACCUAGUGAAAUGGGACGUCCAGCGGAAACGAAAACGUUAAAUGUUCGUUAUCUCAAUUUGAUCAACAAUUAAUAUCUUGGACUUAAAUCAGCAAAAAAGUAACGGUGCGUCUAAAACACUGUUCAGCGAUGUAUUCAACAUCAACGGCGUCAACGACGUCUGGUUCAGGACGCGUGGCGGGCGGUGGGCCCGUAGACAGGCGCGUGCGUAUAGUGCGGUUACUGCGCCCGCGCAGGGUUACACCAGCCUUUGGUUUCUCGCUACGAGGUGGGAAAGAGUACGCUACCGGCUUCUUCGUAUCGAGGGUUGACUUCAACUCGGAAGCUCAUCUGCAGGGUUUAAAGGUUGGCGAUCAACUGGUGACAGUGAACGGUUAUCGCGUAGAUGACGCAGUACAUUCUGAACUGGUGCACUAUCUAGCUUCACAGACCCGACUCAAAAUCAAAGUCAGACGUAAGUCAGUGUUUGUUUGUUAUAGCAAAUCCCACGAGAGUUUGUCUUGGCAAUAUGUGUCAGAAAGAGCAUCGUUAGGGUCCGAUGUGUCCUCCUCGCCGACUCUGUGCCAUGACACAGAGCGGAUGGCUGAUAUGCGCCUAUCAAUACUCGUGCCACCGAGAGCCAAACUGGGCUGCGGAAUCUGUAAAGGGCCCGAAUGGAAACCUGGCAUCUUCGUACAGUUUGUACGGGAAGGAGGCAUCGCGCAAGAGGCGGGCCUGAGACCGGGCGAUCAGAUCAUAUCCUGCAAUGGCCAGGAUUUUGCCAAUGUCACAUUCAACGAGGCGAUAUCGGCCAUGAAGGCGGUCGGUCGGCUCGAGUUGGUGGUUCGCGAAGGUGCGGGUACGGAGCUGGUGUCUCCUGAGAGUUCUGGCUACAACAGCUCCGCAUCAUCUGCGGCGGGAGAGAGGAGCCCCGCGCCUCCCCCGCCCGCGCCGCUUGCCCCGCCUGCAGCCCUACGUAGGAGGCUGGCCAGUGUAGCGGAAGAAGCCGCCGAUCGAGCUGAUAGGUAAAUCCAACAC